CAUGCGCAUUUAGCACAUUAUCGAAAGACUUCCGGGUUCGCUUUUUAAUUUCAGCCAGGGAUUCCAACGUAAAUAAUACGGAUCUUCCAACAUACCACAUCGAAACCAUAAAGUUGGUGUUAUCAGCGGUUUUAGUCUAUGUUAGAUUUUUCUAGGAUCAUGUUUAGCUCCCAAACAUCGUCCUUCCAAGAUUCAAUCGACGUGGAGGAGAGAGAUGAUUUUGAGAGCGAAGAAAUUACUGGCUACAGCCCGAAAAUACAGUUGAAUUGCUACUACACCAUCUAUCUUUAUCAAGGCACAAGAUCUGAGACUUCUGGGGAAAAUGUGUCAUGGAACCAGAGCCGAGCCGACUCCACGACAAGUCAGGAUGACUUUAGCUUGACACUAAUCGACAGCAGCCUCCCAUCGGAGGCAGAACCAGACCUGCAAACCUAUAUUUCAAGGAGACUGAGCAAAGGAGCACUGCUUGGAAGUAUGGGAAACAUUGCCACAGUGGAACUCAGUAUUCCAGAGCAAGCAGUUGGCUGCUACUGCUGUCUCCUAGAGCAGGAAACGUCUCCUGAACUGCCGGAUGCUGACGGAGAUGGAUAUGUCAUCUGUUUAAUGGGGGGGUCUGAAAAAGGGCUAAACUUAUUUAGAUUAGAGCUUGAUAAAUACAUCCAAGGCCUGCGUAGCAGCCUGCGAACCCCAGAGCUGAAAAACCUUGAGACUGAGGUGCGACCCUAUCUGGUCCAGUGGUACGAGGAGUCUGUGAUGCACAUUUAUCGAGUGGUGAUGCUGAUGCAGAACAACAUCAGCUUCUUGCUACAUGCUGCUCUGAGUCAGACACAUGUGGAGAUCAUCAAUUCAGAUGAGAGGACAAAGACUGAUGUGUGCAGGUUCAUCAAAGCAGCCAGUUUGCAGGGCUUGUCCCAGCAAGACACCACAGCAACUUCUCUGUGCAAGCCCAUGUCAGAGGAAACACAAUCAGAACUGAUUAUUGACUGCUCCACCAGCCCACCCACACUCACCAAUUCUGUCAGUAAUCGUUUCUGUGAUGACUGGAUUCAGGCAUUUCUAAACUCUGCAGAGCGUUGCAAUCCCUUCCUUCUCAGGCAGAUUCUGGAAAACUUCAAACUUAAGGCUAUCCAGGACAUGAACAGCCUGAAGCGAUUUGUGCGACAGGCAGAGAUGAGUCACUACGCCCUGUUUCGCUGCUACCAGUUCCUACAAAGCUGUGGAAAUGCACAUGUGUUGCUGAAUAAUUCCAGGGCAGAGCACAGUGAUCUGCCUGAAGCCUGCAGCGUAAUUAUUGUCCUGGAGGAGUUCCUCAGGGAACAGGCCCAGGCCUGAUUCCAUUACAACAUGAUUUUGUCUGCGCUAGCAUACUACCAAACCCUAAACACUACAGCUUAUGGAAAACAUUCAGUGUCCUAAUACAAAGUUUGCCAUGUUGAAAAUUUGAAUAUGUUACGGCGGACACAUAUAUAAAUCUAUGAAAAGUAGGUUUCUUAUGCUGGCACUAUUCUUGCCUCAGAUCACCAUAAAACACUGACAACAUACUAACACUUAGCUUUCUUUAACAAAUAAUGUUUUGUUAAGUCACUGUCUUAAAUGGAAAACUGCGCCAUUAGUGCACGUUCAGAUCGCCAGAAGUCUCAGGUCGGACCUCCCGCUGUGAGCUGCGUGCCUGUUUGUUCCUCCCUCAUACGCCAUUGUGUCAUAUCAGUUCACAUUUCACAGAUAAACAAUGGACAGCAUAGUGUAUUUUUUAACGCUUUCAGUUUGAUGAUGGCUUGUAGAAUGGUCCGAUCAAACCCCCGCUCUUUCAAAAGGUUCUUGAUAUUAGAAUAAAUCCCUCCUACACAGAGCCCGAUAUCUACCACCGAAUCUCACGGUCUUACCAGUGCGCUGUCAUGAUGUUAAAAAAGUCUGAGAUGUGGCUAUAUAAGCUGUAUAUAAACAAAGUCGCACAUGCAUUCCCUGAUCAGUCCAAUUUCCUAAACAUGGCUUAGGGCUUAUUCAGUAUGCGCUUCCAUUAACGAUUGUGUAACAACACACAGGCGGUCCAGUGAACAAAUCAGAAAGUACAGGCAGAUACAUCAACGCCAGAGCGAAAACCCAGGUUGACGUGGCAUUCCUGUUCACAUCAAAGCUGAGCCGAUAAAAUCCCGCCCGAGUCUAAGUCGACAACUUACAUUAAUCUUAUACCGAAUUCAUUUCAUAAAGAAUUCAUCUCAACAAAAGCUUCUAUUCACAGAAGUGAAAUUAUCUUUUGUGUAUUUGAUGCCCAAAUGUUCUUUUAUUCUGUAUUUUAUUUAAUUGUACUGGUUUUAUUCUGGCAAGAAAUUUGCCAGAAUUUCCCAAAACACUUUUGCAUGCUUUUACGUAUUACUUGGUUUGCUUACAUUUCAUCCUAAUAUCUACACUACUAAAUUGCUUAGAUUUGAUGAAUAUUGGUACUGUUUGUAUAUGAUGUAUGUCUAGGAAAUUGAUAUUAGAUAUCUGUUCAACACUAAGUCAUAUAGUGUAAUUUUUGCAUGUUGUGUAGAUUCUUUAUGGUUACAGAUGUCUUCACUGACUUCAUGAGAGUGGUUUGGGUACUAUAUCAAAAAUAUGGAGUGAGAAGAACAUUUCUGACUAUAGGAGGUUUUAUGAAAUUAAUACUGGUAGGCUUAAUUUUUUUAAUACCCUCCCUAAAUAAUAAAAGUCUAAAGUAUAUAAUACAGCAAGGUAAAUGCUGGUAUGUACUUAAACUGUGAACUAUGUGAUAUGUACAUGAGUAAUUUUGCUAUUGUGGGCAAUUGUGUAAAGCGAUACACAGCAUGCAUGUGUAUAUUAUGUAGUACUAUAUAGUAUGUGUAUGUCUGUACAUGUUCUCUGUAGUUACAAAUGAUUGUUUAUAAUGAGCUGAAAUAAAUGCUACAUAACCUC